UGUGGAGCGCCAAUAUAAGCCAUGCAUCUGCUGCUAGCUUGUCAAUGGACAUUGAUUUGAUCUGUAAGCAGCCAGCAGCUUGUUGGUACUGACCUGCUGUAGCUGACUUGUGCUCCCUUUUGAGGCUUAAUCAUGUUGCUUGAUGUUAUUCUGAGGGUUUCCUGGAUUUGCUUCCUCUUUUUUGGCCGAGGUGCUUGUUUGCCUGUUUUUGUUAAAGGUCAGUCUGGUAGCACCGGAAGGUUAGGCCACCUUGGCUGGGUCCCAGGUACUGGAGGGGUUGGUGCUGUCAGAUGGGUCCCUGGAACUGGAUUGCUUGGGGGUGGUAGCUCUGGAUCUCUAAGAGUUGGUACUGGUGACUGGACCUUUGGUGCUGGCAGAUCUGCUGCUUUAAAUGUUGGCACAACUGGGGUUGGUCGUGAUAGCUCUGUUACUGCAGGGCUUGGUGCUGGCAGCUCUGGUAUUAAAAGGGUUGGUGCUGGUAGCUUUAGUACUAGUGGGGUUGACGUUGGCAGUUCUGUUACUGCAGGCGUCGGUGCUGGCACCUCUGGAGGGGCUGGAACCGUUAGCGUCAGUGCUGGCAGCUCUGGAAGGGUUGGGGCUGGCAGCUCUGGCUCUGGAGGGGUUGGUAUUGGUGGCUUUACUGGAUCCUCAUAUUUUGCUGGAUUUCCAUUGGUAAAUGAUCCUGCAGGGGGAGCUCCUUCCUCCUUUGACCAACGGAACUGGAUGUCACCUCAGACCUCCCCUGACUUUAAUGCCUGGUAUGCCUAUCACAUGCCACUUGGCAUGUUUAUGGCUCCUCCUGCAUUGCCUUCAUCCUACAUCAUCCAGAACGGCAAUGGCUACCAGCGAGGAAGAGAAGCCUUUUCUUACUCAAAAUACACUGACGAUGUCUACAGCCCCUUUCCUCUGAGCCCUGUGCUGCCACGCAAUCCAGAAAGUGUCCCAGUGGCUGAUUCUCAAAGGGUAAAGGUUUGAGGUCAACUUGAUCAGCUGAGCCCGGGCCCUCCAUGCAUCAUGUGAUCAUUAAAAGAACUAUAACAACAAAA